AUGCUAGCGCCGGUGUCGCUGGGGCGGUUUAUCGGGCGCUCCACCCCCGAAUUGUCCCUCUGCCACUCAACGGAAAUCCAGCCCGUGCAACCCGUCGAAGCUUUUCUGUUUCGUCUGAACAAAAGUGAGAAGCAGAACCCAUCGUCUGUUCGAUAUAGAAUAUACACGUACGUACAAUUCCACGAUCCCACAUCCCUUUCCCCUUCACUCCUCCUUCCAUCAAGGGCCAAGUCGGAAAGCUUUGCGCAUUGCGGAAAGCUAGGAAACCAAGGACCCCCAUUCAACGAUCCCUCGAACCAGCGAAACCGUCGCGACGACAGCGACGACCAUCAUCCAAUUCCACCAUCGUCUUCCUCCUCGUUGUUCCACGCAGCUUCCUCUCCUCACCGCGCCCCAAUAACAAUCACACGCGACCAAACCAACCCGCUCCCCCCCCCAACGAAAACCAACAAACUAACCCCUUCCCCCCCGUUGUCCAGCAUGGCCUCGACGAGCACCAUCCUCCGCGCCGCCCGGCCCAUGUUCCGCCCGGCUACUUUUGCCUCGCCCGCUCGGCAGGCUUUCGCCCGCGCGACACAGCAGCAGCAGCAGCAGCAGCAGGUGAUGCGCUUCCGCUUCCAGAACCGUCGGUGGCAGAGCUCCGAAGCCGGCGCCGGCGCCGGCUCCCAGUCCCAGCAGCAGAGCUGGUUCAAGCGCAUGUGGGAGAGCGAGAUUGGCAUCAAGACGGUGCACUUUUGGGCUCCUGUGAUGAAGUGGGCGCUCGUCAUUGCUGGCAUCUCCGACUUUGCCCGUCCCGUCGAAAAGCUAUCCUUUACGCAAAACUUUGCCCUGACUUGCACGGGUCUCAUCUGGACGCGCUGGUGCUUGAUUAUCAAGCCCAAGAACUACCUCCUCGCCGCUGUCAACUUCUUCCUCGGCCUCGUCGGCAUCGUCCAGGUCAGCCGCAUCCUGCUCGCCCGCAACGCCGGCGCCGAGGUUGCCGAGGCGGUCGAGGACGUCAAGGAGGAGGCCAAGGAGAUCAAGGCCCAGAUCAAGGACCAGGUCAAGGCGUAA